GAUCUGUUGCCGUGAGUGGAGGGUAUGUGAAAUGGUGUCCAAAGAUAGUGUUUGGAUCCAACAAUGGCUACUCCAAAACCCAUGGAAUGGGUAACUUCUUUGAUUAUCAGAUUUGAGGAACAGCUGCCAUGCAGAACUGGACCGCAAACACAGCUCUCGCGCAACAAUGUACAAAAAAACAAAGAAUGCAUCAUCCAAAUCUGCAAGUACAGAUUUGGACUCGUCAUAUCUGGCCUUACGAAAAUUCUGCAGAAAGUCAAUGAACUGCGGCCGCAUGGCCAUGACUAUGAGAAGAACUUCUACUACGAGUCGCUGGUCAUUGUGCUUGAUACACUAGAGAAAUGCCUCUCAUCGCAGCCCAGGGAUGCAAUAGGAUUUGAUGAAGUUGUUAAUGUCAAGCUUCUUCUCAGGGAAAUAUGCCAGUUCAUGGAUAUCAGCCAUGACUCGCUCAUGGCCACUCAAAUCAAGAGUUUUGCCUCCAAAGUUCUCUUUGCCUUGAGCAUAAACAACUUCAGUGCUGUGUUCAGUCGCAUUUCUGCCAGACUGCAAGAGCUAAGCACCAGUAACACGGAAGAGAAUCUUGACUACAGCGACAUCGAGCUGAUGCAGUACAUCAACAUCGAUGUCGAGCGGCUUGUCAAACUCCUCAAUGAAACAAACCAGAAGUUCCGCAGCCUGCGCAAGAACGCGCAGAUUGUUCUCAUGACCUCCAUGGAGCGCGCCAUCUGGAACUGGAUGGCCACGUACCCUGCAGAGUUUGCCGACCUCCAGAAAUGUCGCAACGAGGAGCUGGCCAAGUGCUGCGAGUUCCUCUUCGAGUGUCUCGACUCCUUCAACGAGAACAGCAAGAAGCGGGCGCAGGUCUGGCCCCUGCAGAUCAUCCUGCUGGUGCUCUGCCCGAAGGUACUGGAGGAGGUGGUGAACGCAGACGCGGGGGCGCCGUGCUCCGUGCGACAUCACAAGAAGAAGAUGUUCAUCGAACAGCUCAAGAAGGCGCUAGUGCCUCACGCGGCCAGCAAGCACAUGACGGAGGCGGCAGCGGUGACGGGCGUCAAGCUCUGCAAGCUCGCCACCUACAUCAACACCAACGACUCCAACAACGUGGUCUUCCAGUUGGUGCAGUGCAUCAUCAACGACCUGAAGGUGGUGCUGUUCAACCCUGCCAAGCCCUUCACCAGAGGCCAGGUCUUCAUAUGUCAAGACGUCGACCUCAUGAUCGACUGCUUCGUGUCGCUCUUCAGAAUAAACCCACACAACAACGAGGCUCUCAAAGUCUGCCUCAACUCUAACUCACCUUCACACUACCACUUCGUGCUCAUCAGCUCCCUCUACCGGAUUAUCACGCAGCCGCGUCUGCCGUGGUGGCCGCAGAUCGACCUCGUCUACGGCAAGUCGAGCGAACUGCGCGCCAUGUUCACGGACACGCUCAAUAAAGUCACGCAGGCGCGCAUGAUCCAAGUGCGUGGUGCAGCGCAUGGUGCAGCUCUGCAGAAGAGGAUCACAGCUCUGCUACGUAAGAUCGAGAAGUGCACCCCUGGGGUACUGCAGGCGUGGGAGGACACCUUCAUCAACUGGGAGAGUCUGACCAAGCAACUCACGUCGCACCCGCGCACCAAACUCGAGGACGGACAGAUCGCUGAGACCUUCCACCGCUCUGUUGCUAAGAGGAGGGCGUCCCAUCAGAGCUCUGAGCACGAGCUGGAGGUCAUCGACCAGGUCAACGAGUGGGCCAACAUGACGGGGUUUCUGUGCGCCCUGGGGGGCGUGUGUCUCAUGGGCAAGUCCCCUUCGUCCCGGCCCCCCCACCUCGGUCUCCACGGGGCAGCCGGUCUGGGGGCGCCGCUCCUUGGGUGCCUCUCGGGGUCCCCGGCCUCCGUGGCCGCCGCGUCCGAGGCCGCAGCCAAAAAGGCCAUCCUGCCUGCGGCCACCAGCCAGGACAUGCAAUACUGUCCAGUCACGCAGUUCGUGGGGCACCUGCUGAAGCUGCUGGUGUGCAACAACGAGCGCUUUGGCCCGCAGAUCCAGAAGCACGUUAAGGAGCUCGUCGGCCACGAGAUGUCGCCCCUCCUUUACCCCAGCCUCUUCGACCAAAUUAAACUCAUUGUUGAUAAAUUCUUCGACCAACAAACUCAGGUUGUGGUGAGCGAUGUGAACACCAUGUUCAUCGACCACAUCAUCUUCAUCAUGAAGAACGUGCUGGAGAACAAGAGUGACCAGCCAUCAGAACAUCUCGGCGUCACCUCCAUAGAGCCCCUCAUGCUCGCCAUCGUCAGAUACGUGCGGCAUCUUGAGAUGACUGUGCUGACGCUGCACAUCAAGACGAAGCUGUGCCAGCUGGUGGAGGUCAUGAUGCAGCGUCGGGACGACCUCGCCUUCAGGCAGGAGAUGAAAUUCCGCAACAAAAUGGUCGAGUACCUCACCGACUGGGUCAUGGGCAACUCCCACCAGAUCGCGCCCCCAGGACCCAUAGACCAGGCCACAGUCUCGGGGUGGUCGUACGAGAUCAACACCUGCUGCCGAGACCUGGACCAGGCGUGCAUGGAGGCGGUAGCGGCGCUGCUCAGGGGCCUGCCCCUGCAGCCGGAGGAGAGCGACAGAGGCGACCUCAUGGAGGCCAAGUCGCAGCUCUUCCUUAAGUACUUCACGCUCUUCAUGAACCUCCUCAACGACUGCACUGAGGCGCAGGAGCAAAUGGAGAAGGACCCAACGAGGCAGCGGUUGCCACCUGGCAAGCUGUCCGCCCUCCGCACGGCCGCCAUCCAGGCCAUGUCCAACCUCCUGUCCGCCAACAUCGACUCCGGCCUCAUGCACUCCAUCGGCCUGGGCUACCAGAAGGACCUGCAGACCCGCGCCGCCUUCAUCGAGGUACUGACGAAGAUCCUGCAACAAGGCACGGAGUUCGACACGCUGGCGGAGACGGUGCUGGCGGACCGCUACGAGCAGCUCGUCCAGCUCGUGACGAUGAUCGGCGACAAGGGCGAGCUGCCCAUCGCCAUGGCCCUCGCCUCCGUCGUCAUCACGCCCCACAUGGACGAGUUGGCCCGCAUGUUCGUGACGCUGUUCGACGCGAAGCACCUGCUGUCGCCGCUGCUGUGGAACAUGUUCUACAAGGAGGUUGAGGUCUCCGACUGCAUGCAGACACUCUUCAGGGGCAACUCUCUCGGCUCCAAAAUCAUGGCUUUUUGCUUCAAGAUAUACGGGGCUUCGUACCUGCACAACCUACUGGAGCCGCUGAUCAGACCCCUGGUCUACACGGAGGCUGGCACGUUGCCCCUCUCCUACGAAGUAGACCCUGCCAGGCUAGACCCCCACGAGGAUGUCGUUGAGAACAGGAAGAACCUCAUCGCCCUCACUGCCAAGGUCUUCAACGCCAUCGUCAGCUCUGCUGACAGGUUCCCCCCUCAGCUGCGCAGCAUGUGCCACUGCCUCUUCCAGGUUCUGAGCAAACGCUUCCCUCAGUUCCCUCAGAACAACAUAGGAGCCGUCGGCACUGUCAUCUUCCUGCGCUUCAUCAAUCCUGCUAUUGUGACCCCCGUGGAGAUGGGCAUCCUGGACCGGCAGCCGAGUCCCCAGGUGAAGCGCGGUCUCAUGCUCAUGUCCAAGAUCCUGCAGAACAUCGCCAACCACGUCGAGUUCAGCAAGGAACAGCACAUGCUUCCCUUCAACAACUACCUCUGGCAGAACUUCGAGUCAGCGCGUCGGUUCUUCAUCCAAAUCGCGAGCGACUGCGAGAGCGUCGAGCAGGCGAGCCACAGCAUCUCCUUCAUCAGCGACGCCAACGUGCACGCCCUCCACCGCCUCCUCUGGAACCAUCAGGAGAAAAUAGGCGAGUACCUGUCCAGUAGCCGUGACCACAAGGCUGUUGGCAGACGACCGUUUGACAAGAUGGCAACCCUGCUCGCCUAUCUUGGUCCUCCAGAACACAAGCCUAUGGACUCGCAGUGGAGUAGCAUGGACAUGACGAGCACCAAGUUCGAGGAGAUCAUGGCCAAGCAUAACAUGCAUGAAAAAGAUGAGUUCAAAAGCAUCAAGACUCUGAACAUUUUCUAUCAAGCCGGUACUUCGAGGGCUGGUAAUCCCGUAUUUUAUUACAUCGCUCGUCGCUAUAAAAUCGGCGAGACGAAUGGCGACCAGCUGAUUUACCACGUCAUCCUGACGCUGAAACCUGUGUGCCGCAAGCCCUUUGAACUCGUCAUAGACUUCACUCACACCAGCACCGAGAACCGGUUCAGGACCGAGUUCCUACAGAAAUGGUUCGUGGUUCUACCUGAAGUCGCUUACGAAAAUAUCCAUGCUGCGUACAUCUACAACGCGGACUCUUGGGUGCGAGAGUAUACGAAGUAUCACGACCGCGCACUCGCUCCUCUCAAGAACCACAAGAAACUAAUAUUUCUUGAUACUCCGGCUCGUCUUAACGACCACAUCCAUCCUGACCAACAGAAGCUACCUGGUGCAACCACUUCACUUGACGAGGAUCUCAAAGUUUUUAAUAAUGCACUCAAACUCUCGCACAAAGACACUAAAGUCGCCAUCAAGGUCGGUCCUUCGGCAAUACAAGUCACCUCCGCCGAGAAGACCAAGGUCCUCUCGCACUCUGUCCUCCUCAACGACGUCUACUACGCCUCUGAGAUCGAGGAGGUUUGUUUGGUGGACGACAACCAGUUCACGCUAACCAUCGCCCACGAGUCAGGCCCGCUCUCCUUCAUCCACAACGACUGCGACAGCAUCGUCCAAGCCAUCAUCCACAUCCGCACCCGCUGGGAGCUCUCCCAGCCCGACUCAGUGACGGUGCACCAGAAGAUACGCCCUAAGGACGUGCCGGGGACGCUGCUGAACAUGGCGCUCCUGAACCUGGGGUCGCUGGACCCCAACCUGCGCACGGCGGCCUACAACCUCCUGUGCGCCCUCACGCAGACCUUCGACCUGCGCAUAGAGGGGCAGCUGCUCGAGACCUCAGGCUUGUGCAUCCCAUCAAACAACACAAUUUUCAUCAAGAGCGUGAGCGAGAAGCUGGCCGCCAAUGAACCUCACCUCACGCUGGAGUUCCUGGAGGAGUGCGUACAGGGCUUCCGCUCCUCCAGCAUCGAACUCAAGCAUCUCUGUCUGGAGUACAUGACUCCAUGGCUACCUAACCUCACUAGAUGCCCUGGCUGCCUAACCUCACUAGGUACAGUAGAGCUGUGCACCUGCACCAAGCCUUCCUUCUCAGGUACAGUAGAGCUGUGCACCUGCACCAAGCCUUCCUUCUCAGAGGAGACCCAACGAGUCCUGCGUCUGUCACUGGACGAGUUCUCGCUGCCCAAGUUCUACCUCUUGUUCGGCAUCAGUAAAGUGAAGAGUGCUGCCGUCACCGCCUUCAGGGCCUCCUACAGGCACACCUCUGAGAGGGGCCUCAGCGCUGCGAGCGACAGAGAGCGGAUCUCGCUGACGUCUCUGGAGACGAUCACAGACGCGCUGCUGGAGAUCCUGGAGGCGUGCAUGCGGGACAUCCCGGACUGCGACUGGCUGCAGACAUGGACGGGGCUCGCCAAGAGCUUUGCCUUCCAGUACAACCCCGCCCUGCAGCCCAGAGCCAUCAUCGUCUUUGGCUGCAUUAGUAAAAGCAUCAGCGACCAGGACAUGAAGCAGCUUCUCCGUAUCUUGGUGAAGGCCCUCGAGAGUUUCUCCGACAUCACGCUUAUUGACUCCAUUAUCAUGUGCCUGACACGUCUACAGCCGCUACUUAGACCUGAGUCAGCAAUCCACCAGUCGCUGUUCUGGGUGGCUAUUUCUGUGCUGCAGCUGGACGUGCCUCAGCUGUACGCGUCUGGCCUGGCGCUGCUCGAGCAGAACCUACACACCCUCGACAACCAGGGCACCUUUGAUACCAUCGCGCUGGAGAAGGUGAUGAUGAGUACCAGGGAGCCCCUGGAAUGGCACUUCAAGCAGCUGGAUCACUCCGUCGGCCUGAGCUUCAAGUCGAACUUCCACGUGGCUCUGGUGGGGCACCUGCUGAAGGGCUACAGGCACCCAGCGCCCACGACCGUCUCCCGCACCGCCCGCGUUCUUGUCACGCUCCUCGCCAUCGUCGCCAAGACCGCGCGCCGUGACAAGUUCGAGGUUGCACCCGACAACGUGGCGUACUUGGCAGCGCUGGUUGCAGUGUCCGAGGAGGUCCGGUCACGAUGUCACCUCAAGUUCUCGCUGGCUCGAAAUAUGAGCGAGUCCUCGUCCAGCGACACGUUUCCUGUGGACUUGCACCUGAACCUUAACCCUCCACUACCUGCUGGAGGAGGAAGUGGUAGUGGUGUACCUGCUGUGCCUCCAAAUAAUACCAGCAGACCGCCCCUGUCACUGCCACACUCCGUCACUGCACAGCACUGCCAGCACCAAUACCCCGGUGCCCAGGCUGCUGGGCUAUCACCCCUCAACCACCUGCCUCCUAGUCUCUUCUCUGAUGCAGUGUCUCGGUGUGGCGCCAUGCCGGCCUGUGGCAGCUCUAGCACCUCUGGAACUGGCACUCCAGUUGGCAGCAACGCCUUCACCUCACACAACAACAGCAACACAGCCAGCACGAGCACCACAGGAAACACAAACAACACAGGCAGCAUGAGUAACACAGGCAGCAUGAGUAACACAGGUAGCACCCUAAGCAUGGGCAGCACCAGCGUGUUGUCAGUGAGCAACACUGGCGACUCUGACGUUGCUGAGCCGUCCUCGAGCAACAACACGCCCGUGCCGUCGCGGGUGUGCACUCCCGUGUGCGGGUUGCCAUCUGACAUCCGCACUCCCGUGUGCGGGUUGCCAUCUGAUAUCCCUGCUGACUCCAACACACAGCAACCCUCUCCUGCCGCUUCUACCCGAAACACCUCACCUCCCCCUCCAUACAGCUCCCCACCUCCCCCUCCUUCUUACUCUUGUACUCCUCCCCCGCCUUACAGUUCCCCACCACCACAACCCGCCAACCGCCAGUCCCACCACCAUCACCACCACCACCACCACCAGCAACUCGUACAACCCAAGCCCAGGGCGUGGCUGGUGCUGGAGCCUCCGGCAGACGCGCUUACGCAGCACCCUGCUGGUGGUGGUGGUGUUGUGGUUCCCGGCUUGACGAUCAUACCAAGCAGUUCUGUGAGUAGCAGCAACUCCAGCCUCGAUGUCCAGCACACGACGAGCUCAUCAAACCAGCUCUCGGCCAGUAGGGGCGUCGACCCAAAAACUUGGCGCUCCCUUGAUUUGGACCCUCAGAAAUCGACGCGUCCCACCUUCAGGAACCAGCGAUCCUCGUCCAUGCCCACAUCUAAGAAUGAGGCUGGUCCUUCACAGCUCAGUAGUCAGCAUGGCGUGCUGCAAUCUCAGCACGGCGGCCCUUCUGGUGCUGCUGGGCAGUCAUGUGUGGAACUAACAGGCGCCUGGCACACAGACGCAGACGGCGGGGAUGCAGGGCGCUGCGCAGCGCCGCUGCUGCACGCUGCACUGGGCGGCCGCGCGUCCAGCUCUGCACUGAAGCCUAACCUCCUGCCCAGCAUCAUUGCCAAGCAGCGCUCGUUUCGCUGCAAACUCUCCAACAAAAAUAAGUAACGACGCGUAAAAUAAGUAACGAUGCGUCAUAUGAACGACGCAUUCACUCGAAGGCGUUGCGUAGUGGUUACACUAACUAUUUCUGAUGGGUAUUUUUAGUCUCGUGUAACUAGCACAGGAAAAUAGUAAAACGAACGAACGUGUAUGCAAGAAUGCAUUGGUGGCAACUAUGAAUAGUUGAAAUUAAUAAUGUAUCUACAAAUUAAAUUUGAAAUGUCGAACAAAUGCGCUUUAAUUUGUUAUGACAUUGAACGUAUUUUUAACGAAAACGGCGGUUGAAUAAUCGCAAUUAUUUGCUUAAACAUUCUGAUCAGUCAGCCAUGUUGAAUUUCUUCCAUUUAUUGGUUGUCGAGGCCACACAGUCCGCUAUAAACUGAGCUUUGUCGAGUGCAAAUUGAGCGUUUUCUGCUUCAAUAUAAAGUUGAUUCUUUGUUGUGAUACUUGAUAAUUGAAUUAUAUCUUCACUAGCUAUUCUUCAUUUUAAAAGCCCAAGCUGUAAAAAAAUUCACAAACCUAAAUUGUAGAUGCGUUCUAUAGUUGUAAAAUAUUAACUUUGUAUUUUUAACCCUGAUUGCUUACCAAUUCUUAGACCUCGAAUUGAAAUUGGGUGCGUGAUAACAUCCGGUCAAGGUCUUUAGCUCGGCAUAAAAAUCAUUUACUAGCGUAGAAAAAGAAUUAAAUUCACAAUACUUGACUGGCAUUGUCAUUUGUCAUUACUAAAUUAAUCUUGAGAUUCCGUCGGGGCUGCGGGACCCGGUAAAUUUUUAAUUCAAUGAUAGAUAUAUGUAUUAUUAUUUGUUCAAAAUUAGAUUUAGAAAAUGGAAAUAAUUUUAAACGAGGUUUGUCAUUUUCUGAGAGGAAAAAAUAAAGGAUAAGAACUGUUAACCUUAAACAAUAAGAACAAAACUAAGAGACGAGGAUCCUUGUGCAGGUUUAGGCUUUUGUUCUUUGCGCAUUUGCCGAAAAGUUGAUUUGUGUUGCGACUCGCAGCUUCAUCCAGUGUUGCAUGGAGCUGAAGGGCCUCUGUUCAGGCCCGUAAUGGGAUCUUGAAGAUUAAGUCUCUCAAAUUUGGGCCUUUUUAAUAUCAUGAAGAGUCAUUUUUUUUAAUUAUUUGUAAUGCUGCUCAAAAAGAUCAAGAUUUCAAAUUUGGGACUUCUUGAAUAUCAUGAGGAGUCAGUCAUUUUUUAAUUAUUUGUAAUGCUGCUCAAAAAGAUCAAGAUAAUCUUUUGUUGGAGACAAAUCGGAAAUAAAUGAAAAUAUUCCGUGCCCAUUAAGAUGGACAUUUUUCUGGUCUCCAAUCACUGGUUAAUUUCGACGUGUUAUUAAUGUGAUUGUCUUACGAUUGUGUUCAAACAGUCGCAUCAUACGAGUUUUUUGCUGUAAACUUUUGCCGUAUUUGUUUUAACUGUGCUUAUAUGGUGUCGUGUAUAUUGAUAUUAACCUGUUGUGAGGCUCCACCUUAAAAGUACGCGUGAUCUCAGAUGAAAACCUAAUCCAAAAUAAAGCGGUUUUGUGUAUUAAGCAUUUACCUGCUGAUAACUUUGGCUUAUUGUCCAGCAUUAUUAGUCUUAGCAAGUGCAUUCUUGUGUGUGCGAUUAAGGUAUUGUUAUGAUUGGUCUCUGCGGAGCACCUGACAUUGACUUGCUUUCUCGCAGUGUUCGGUACGACAUUAAGCUCGAAGACGAUUAGAAGAAAUAAAUCUCCAGGUAAAUGUAUGUUGUCUGUCGGGAAUUUCUGUGGAGUGUACGUUCAUUGAUCGAUUAGAUUUAAACUGUGAAAUUUAUAGUCGCUCUUUUAUUAUGUGACAUUCGCCAGUCCUCGGCACCCGUCUACUUGGCUGCGACGCUCGGCUACUAUCUAAAUAAAAUGGACGGUUUUACAACUUACUUUCGAAUAUCUUUUGAAGGUAUGAGUAGAUAAAUUAUAAUUUAUUUUUAUACCAAAAAUUACGUGUAAUGUGUAGAUGACUGAAUGUAUACCGGGUUGGCAAGGAGCCAAAUGGGUGCGGUAUCCAGAGAUGUACAUAUUUCUUGUAAGGUAACAGUCGCACGACUGAUAAAGCUGUGUUCAUAAUCUUAAGACAACAUGAUUGUUUUCUCGUAGCUAAUACCUCGAUGUAUAGUUCGUUCAUCAAUAUUUCGAGGUAGUUCAUGUGUUAACGACGGCCAGGAAAACAGGCUUUUGAUUCGCAAUUCAAAAACAUUAAUCUGGACAGUUAGAUAACAAUGGCGAACUUAUACAUGAAAAUAAGGCAUUUUGGCGCUAAUGAAUUUGUCAAGAAUGUAUGACCAAAAAAAAAAAAAACUUCGUCGCCAGGCUUGGCUAUUCUUGCAUAUAUUAACUGAGCUGUGUCAAAUUUUUUGUUAUAUCGUGAGCAGAGGUGACUAUAAACAUAAUUCAAAUAUUAUUUAUCAUAUAGAUUCACUAGAGCGUCCCCGAUAAAAAGUUAGCUUAGUAAUCCAGCCGGUCAAAAUAACAAAUCUUUUUCCUUGGAUGUAAUGCAGUUGGAGUGCAGUUAUUCAAAUAUGUGCAUUGGUGGAUGAUUACAUAACAAGCCUGUUUUCGAUACUUGCACCUGGAACUCGAUGUUGUCUCGGUAAAUUAAUGCUCAUUUAUUAUUGCAAUGAUUACGAAAG